UGCUUCCGGUUGUUCAGGAAAUGCGACAGUUCCUUGCUUGUUUGUGCGUUCCUUGAUAUAUUACUUUACUAAUAUCGCAGUUUGUUGCAUUUUCACUAUUAUUAUCGCUCUUACGACAGCGCAGUAGAAAAAGUCCUCUUUUCAGCGGAUUGUUUGUUUCCAGCGGAUUGUUUGUUUCCAGCUAACUUAUGUCGAGUGGAACGCGACUAGAAAACGCAAAUCCUCUGAUAUUUCAGCGAUCAGGAGAGAGACUCGUCACAGCCACUGAUGAAGAUGAGGAUGUGGCUGAUCCCAUCGAUGACAGGGAGAUCUUUGAUCUAAUCAGGUCGAUUAAUGAUCCGGAGCACCCACUGUCCCUCGAAGAACUGAAUGUUGUGGAACAGAUGCGUGUUAUUGUGAAUGAUCAAGAGAGCACAGUGUCUGUGGAGUUCACUCCUACCAUCCCACACUGCAGUAUGGCCACCCUUAUUGGCCUGUCCAUCAAAGUCAAGCUCCUGCGCUCCCUGCCAGACAGAUUUAAGAUUGAUGUCCACAUCACACCUGGCACACAUGCCUCUGAGGACGCAGUUAAUAAGCAGCUUGCAGACAAAGAGAGAGUGGCAGCAGCUCUGGAGAACUCUCAGCUGCUGGAGGUGGUCAACCAGUGUCUGUCCAGUAGAGUCAUGUGAUCAGAAGAAACCCUACAAGCAAGAUCUGUGGUAGUCACUUUUGGCAGACUUUCCUGUUAUCUAUUAUUUGUUUUUAACAGCUCAUGUUAGCUUAUGUAGUUAACUACUGUUAAGUGUUUCAGUAUGUUUUGAUAUUAGCCAAGAACGGUUAUUUUAAAAACCAUUAAAAGUCGGAAGCUGAAUGUUGAGUCUCAAAUAGCCAAUUGCGUCUCGUAUCUCACGUCCACAUCUCUAAGCAGUUCAGUGAGAUCUAGAAUAGUCUUUCUGUUAACUAUCUAUUGUAAUAACGAGUGUGAAAGGGACAGAACAUUCUGUGAGUGCUGGAGAAUAAUAAAAUGAAUUAGGAAUG